AUGUCCGAGAUGCAGGCAGUUGAUGGUUCAACAGCCAAUCCAGGAGUCAGUUUCUCUGCAACAUCUGAAUCGGAUAUCAUCGGGGCACUGCGCAACAUCCUCGCACGUUCACAAGUCAUUAUUCCAGACCUCGAAACCCCGAGCUCCCGCAAAUUCUCCACUAUCAACCACUCUGACAUCGAGAUCAAAGACAAGAGUAUUGGCGCUAUCAUCAACGAACGCCAGCAGCAGUUGGAUAUAACUUUGGACAACAUCUCAGACCUGGAGACAAUCAUGGACGACAUCAAAAGUCUUCACCAGCAACUCAUUAAAACGAAGGAUAGGAUUACCCAGUCCUUGAAUUUGCACAAGCGACUUGUGUCGGCUGUCUGGCGCCUUCCAACUGAAGUCCUAGCCCACAUUUUUGGUUACUGUCUCCCGACACACCAUCAAGAUGUGCGGUCCGCAUCAAACAAAGCUCCCAUGUUGUUGACCAGAAUAUGCCGACGAUGGAGGGAGGUUGCUGUACACAUGCCCAGUUUACGGUACAGGCUGAGGUUGAACAGCGGGGAAGUCCAUAACAGACGCUGGAAGUCGAUAGCUUCUGCCUACGAUUUAUGGCUCAAGCGCUCACAAGGACUUCCGCUGUCAUUGGAAGUCUUGUGCCACAAAGAUGACUCGGACAUCAGGUUACGAAAAGUUCUUCAGCCAUAUAUAAAUCAAAUAUCGUCUCUCUCUAUCCGUGGUUUUACCUGGGCAGCCGCACCUCAACAUAUGUUCAAAGACCUCCCAGCACUUCAGGAGCUAACCGUAUGCGAGUACGAAGGCCCUAAAUCCCCGUGGUUUGCACAAAUUAUGUCGCAAUUACCGUUCACUGUGUGCAGUCUCAAGGUAGCACGUCUGGAGUUCAUCCUCGAGGAUUUGCCUACUGUCACUCCCCUAUUGGCACACCUAACAAAUAUCGAGUUCGCCACAUAUGAACUAAGAAUGGUCCUCAACUUGCUCCGUCUAUGUCCAAGCCUCUCCUCAUUGACAAUUUGUACAUGCAUCACCCAGCGAAUGCAACCCGAACCAAUCACGCACACAAAACUUAGAUCCUUAUGA